AAUCCAUGGUAUCUUUGAAAUAAAAAAGGGGGAAAUAGUCACAUGAGAGUGUGAAGCUCAUUUCUCCCAAAUUCAGCUGCUAGAUCUGACAUCUAUAACUAUAGUGCCUUCUUUUCAAAGCUGCUUAUCAUCUUCUUCCUUUCUUUUCUAGUUUCCUCCCAUCUUUAGAAACUCACCUAAAUGACAAAUAUAUCACUAUAAUUUAAUAAAACAAAAAGAUUUAUUAUUAAAUCAUAGUGUAUAAUUUAGUAUUAAUAUUAUUAGCUCACCAAAUUAGCUUCCUUACUUCCUCAUUAGUUUAUUGGGUCUUGUGAAAGUUCAUUUUUUUUAGCUCCCCAAUGUAUUGACCUUAAGCUUUUAAUCACUUCUACUUAAUUAAUUAGUUCAAUCCACAUUUAAAGUAUUGUUUAAGCUUUAGCUAAUCUAUAUUAGUUAUUAUUAGGAAGCUAGCUUAGAGCUUGUAUAUUACAUAUAUAGGUUCCCUUCCACCAUAUAUACACAUUUGUAAGGAUUCUUUUGGUUAAAAACUUCAUUUUUUUUGGGCCUUUUUAUUUUUUUGAGAAUUUUGGAAAUAAUUAAAAUGGGGAAGAUGAAGUUAAGUAGGAUGUUGGAUUCACUUUGUCUUGCAUUUGAUACAAACACAUGUUUCUGUAUGAAUUCCGUUGAUGCUCAUGAAGAUGAUGAAGAGCUUGAGCAAGAAAGGAAACCUCUCUUUGAAGGUCAAAAGAAACAAGUUUUGACACUUAAAGAUGCCAUUUCUGGUUCACAAAGCUUGGCUUUGCUCAUGAAACCUAAGACAGUGGUCUUGAAGGUGUCAAUGCAUUGCAAUGGUUGUGCAAAGAAAGUUGAGAAACAUAUCUCAAAAAUAGAAGGAGUGAUGUCUUACAAAGUAGACUUGGAAAGCAAGAUGGUGGUAGUCAUUGGUGACAUCCUCCCUUUUGAGGUAUUGGAUAGUAUUUCCAAGGUUAAAAAUGCUCAACUUUGGACUUUUGGCAUCUAAUGAAGCAAGCAACAAAAGAUUAUUAAGGAUCACAAACAAGAAAAGAUGAAGGAUUGAAGGAAGAAUAUUAUCAUGAAUUUGAUAUUGAAAUGACUACUCGUCUAUCCGUCUAUUAUAUAGGUGGGGAUCAUAAAGAAGAAACUAAUGGUACGAGAAAUUGCAUUAUUAAUGAUUUGUGACCCUUAAUUAAUUAAGGAGUAAGCUAAAUUAUUACAUAAUUGUACGUGGCAUAUAGUAAUUAUAAUUUGUAUAUCUUAUGCCAAAAUGUAAUGCAUCCAUCUUAAUUCCUCGUGAUGCUUAGUAGAUUAAUUUGCAAGGGAAGUACCACAAUUUUAUUUUAUUUUAACCUUGCAAAUUAAAGUGGUAGUAUAAAAUAUAUUCCAAUUAAUGUAUAAUUUAUAUAAUAUAGUAUUUUGGA